AUGCAUUUUUCCCUUCUUUUUCUCUUCUUUUCCCUCGGCUUCACGGCUGCUUCGGAACCCGAGAGAACUGCAAAACAAGUGAUGGAUUAUCACUUGGUUAUGAUUCGAGACUAUUCAAGAUAUAGAGAUUACACAAGUCUUCAGACUCUUUUCGAGUCUUAUCCUAAAGAAUGGGACACCGAACACAAAUGGUCAGAAGUUAUGAAUAUUCUGAAGGAAUACGAGUUCAAGACUCACGAUGCCCAGUAUUCAGCCUUCGAUUCCCAAGGAAAUCCAACUGAAAUCAGUGGAAAAGUCACUUUUAUGAUGGGAAACAAGAAUUUGACUGAUCUGGUUCGUCUGAAGAAGGAUUCCGCGAACAGUGUCACCGAGUGGAAAAUGAAGAAUCAGAUGAUGAAACCACGUGGAAUGGCCGCCUUCACUCCAUGGUACUGCUACUUCUCUCUUAUAAUCUGCUACAUAACUGGUAAAGUGGAGCACUAA